AGUGGAGGCGUCCUCAUCCUAGUUCCCCCUCCAUCAACCAAUCCCCGCCAUCCGUCUCCAACCUUGCAUCACUCCUCAACCUUGACAUGCUGUAGUAACUUGUCUCCAUCUGACUCGAACGGCAACAUUCUUAACUUUCCUUUACCGCCUCGCCGUCCUUCAAUAUCCUCCAUCGCGCACCAGCUAAAUACCUCCUGUCCCUCCUACGUAAUCAUGAACUCGCUGUAGAAAUCGCAAUCGUCCCGUCGCCUCUCCCCGCAAUCCCGGCUUUUCGGACCUAUCGGAUAUACCUAAUCUCUCCUCACAAUGUCCUCAUCCCCGUCAUCCUCCGCCAACAAGGGCGGACUCAACUCGGAACUCGAGUCGUUCCGCCAGCAAUGGAUCUCAGAUCUCCAACACCAGACUCAUGAUCAUGAGCCUCAGUCUCAGAGUCGUCAUGACGCCCCACGCCCCGCGGGCUCAGCCGUCGGCCCGUCUCGCCGUCGCGGCCCGUCCGUCUCCGUCUCAGCGCCGCCAACAAAGCCGGUUGCGACCGUCGAUGAGAAUGAAGACGACUACGUCCAGACCCAAUCAUUUGAUGAGCCCCCGUCCGCGACUCGGCCUGUGCACGAUGUGAACGGCGCCUCGUCUCGGAAGAAGCUCGUCUCAGCCCUUGAUCACUAUGAGGAGGCCAUGGCCAAGGAGGCCCAGGGCAGCAUGGGUGAUAGCCUGAAGCUCUAUCGCAAGGCCUACCGACUAGACAAUGGCGUGGACCGAAUAUACCGGGAGAAACACCACCCCAAGGCCAAGCCAGCAACUCCUCCCGGCCCAUCCACCAUCACUAACACCACAACCGCCACAACCGCCAUCACAUCACCAUCGCAAGCCGCCCCUGAUGCCACCCCCGGACCUCAACCGCAGUCCAUUGGCGACCUCAUCGCCAGCUUUGCCGGCCUCAACAUCGAGCCCGCUCCCCCGGCAGUCGAGGGCAUGCCGCCGCCGCCCUCGCCGCUGGCCGACCUCCCCGAAGAGAUCCUCAUCCACAUCCUGCGCGACCUCGCCAUCGUCGACGUCGCCGACUUUGCCCGCCUCGCCCGCGUGUGCAAGCGCCUCGCCUACCUGGUAGCCUCCGAGCAGCGCAUCUGGCGCCGCGUCGCCCUGGGCAGCGAGGUCGGCUUCUCUGCGAUGCUGUAUCGCUUCGAGAGGGGCAUCGAGUGGGACGAGCUGCCCGAGGAGGAGCAGGAAGGCCCCGAGAUCGUCGACGGCGUUGUUAUUAGCCCGGCCGAGCUGGCCCAGCGCCGUCGUGAUGAGAGCUUCGCUCUGACCGAGUCCCUGACGCCCUCCGUCUACCCAUCUUGGAAAGAUCUCUUCCGCUCACGGCCGCGCAUUCGCUUCAACGGCUGCUACAUCAGCACCGUCAACUACGUGCGCAGCGGCCAGGCCUCGACGAACCAGACCACCUGGGACAGCCCCAUCCACAUCGUCACCUACUACCGCUACCUUCGCUUCUUCCGCGACGGCAGCCUCAUCAGCCUCCUCGCCACCAAUGAGCCCUCCGCCGUCGUCCACCACCUGACUCGCGACGACCUCAACGCGCAACGCACCGCCCCCCACCCCCACUUGCCCAAUGCCGUCAUGGCUCUUGCUCUACGGGGCCGCUGGCGCCUGUCCUCCGCCGAUGACCUCCGUGACCCGGCCUCCAUGGGCCCCGGUGCCUCACGGGGCGGUGUCCGGGACGACCCUGAGGGUGACGUCUUCAUCGAGACUGAAGGCAUUGGUUCCAAGUACGUGUACCGUAUGGACCUGUCCCUUCGCAGCGCUGGAAAAGGUGUCCGUAACAACAAGCUCAACUGGCGAGGCUUCUACAGCUACAACAAGCUGACGGACGAUUGGGGGGAGUUUGGCCUCAAGAAUGACAAGCCCUUCUUUUUCAGUCGGGUCAAGAGCUAUGGAUUUGGAGGGUGAGUUGUAGGAGUGACUAUCCCAACGGCUACAAGAUGAAUACCAGACAGGCGUCAUGACGGAAUAGAUUGGCGUUAGAAUAAAGACGCCAAAGUAUAUCUAAGUUGCAUCUUAUAGAAAGACAUAGACAGAUCACAUCCAUCUGCUUCACCAAAACUACCUUGUCCCUCGCAUUGAUGAGCCAGGCAUUAUACACGAAUCUCGCGAAUGGGUUACACAUCCAAUGGGUGACGGCCGCUUUUCCUUACGAGACACCAAUGUAUCAAACAUUGUAGAAUCGUUGCAGCCCAGACGUCUGUAAUACAACAAAGAUUACAUUUCUGCAUAUAUUCAUAUCAUUACUUG